AUGGAACACCUCCCUUACGUUAUCUUCACCUUCUCCCUGCUAUCAUGCGCUUCCUCCCACUUAUCCUACGCCUCACCUGCCAUUUUCACUCGCCGUCACCUCUCACAAGCUCCUGUAAACGGCGGCUUACCGUUCUUCCCAGCUUACGGCUCACCAUCCCCACCUUCUCCUCCCCUUCCUCCUCCUCCUCUUCCGACGCCUCCCGCCGCCACUGAUGCUACAUUUCCGGCGAACAUCUCGGCACUAGUCCUCCCUAGCUCCCCAAACCCACACACUGCUUCAAAAACACUCCUUAUUCCCGUUAUCUCCGCCGUUUUCGCCGUCUCAACAGUAAUCAUCCUAGCCUUGUUUCUAUACGGAAGGUACCGAGGGCAAAACCGUCAUUUCAAAGACGAAUCAAAGACCUUAGCUUCUGAGACUAACCACCAAUCCGAAGAACAAGCUCCUCCAUGUCCCCUUCCAAGAAACACAACAACUGAAAACAAACUCUCUGUUUCCCCUGCUUCAACCUCUAAUGUCGUUACUUCCGGGUCAAGUUUCGUCAAACCUGACUCCCCGGAGAUCUCUCCUCUCCCUCCUUUGCCGUCUCGUAGCUGCUUCCUCCAAGAAGAAGACGAAGACGACUUCUACUCGCCUCAAGCCUCUCUAGCAAGUAAAGAACAGAGGAAAAAUCCGUACAGUAGUAACUUCUUUCCCUCUCCCUCUCUCUCUUCAACCUCGGAUUUUCCGGGGAUGAUCUCGCCGGAGAGACAGGUAAUAAGAAACAAUAAGAGAAUGUUUACCCUCUGGAACCAGAAUAUAGGCUUCCCACGAGUCUCCUCUGCUUCUACUUCACCGGAGAGAGGUGUGAUCAGAACUCCAGACGCGUACGCUCGUUCCUCUAUGUACUCUUCAGUCUCCACCACGCCGGAGCGGUUCUUCUUCCGGAAGGUUCUUGAAAGUUCGCCGCCGAGGUGGAACGAUCUCAGUCGAAAUGUCAAGUCUUUGCUCCUUUCUGCGUCGCCGGCUAGAGAAACAGAGCUUGGUUCAGCUGAACAGAGCAAAUCGGCGGCUUUUCAUCCUCCUCCACGGCGGCCACCGCCUCCUAUGCCGGAGCCACCUACUCCUGUGACGCCGUCGGAGUCUUUUAUGGUUCAGAAACCUGGAAAGAAACUAUCUUGGGAGGAAAAAACAGAACAACCAAAGCCAAAGCUGAAACCUUUGCCUUUCCGACCAAGUUCUUGUCGGAAAAACACAUGGGAUGGUGUUAGGUUUAACUCUUCAAAUGCUAAUCCAAAGCAGAGAAGUCUUAGCUGUGAUAUUCCAAUGCUGAAUCAAGAAAACAGAGUUUUUUUAGAUUCAAGAAAGUGUCAGAGUGUUGCUUUUCUACUUACAAGACUUGAUCUCACCACAGAUGAUGUUCUUCAGGCACUUCAAGAUGGUCGCUAUGAAGCACUUGGAGUUGAGCUUCUUGAGAGUUUAUCAAGAAUAGCACCGAGUGAAGAAGAAGAAAGGAAGUUGAUGAGCUAUAGUGAUGUCAAGCUUGCCCCAUCAGAGAGAUUUCUCAAGGACUUGCUUAGUGUGCCUUUUGUGUUCAAACGAGUUGAUGCAUUGCUCUCUGUUGCUACUUUUGGUUCCAAGAUUCAACACUUGAAACAAUCUUUUGGCGUUAUACAGGCUGCUUGUGAGGAGCUAAGGAACUCGAAAACGUUAUUGAAACUUCUUGAAGCUGUCAUGGAGAAUGUAAAUGCUAAUGACUUAAAACUUGAGGCGCUCCUCGAGCUUGUUGGAAGAACCAAUAUCUUGCAUUCUGUUGUGCAGAACAUCAUUGAAUCAGAAGGCGUCAAAGGGUUACAAGCGGUUGGACGUCUCGGUUCGGUAUUUAUGGAUGUGAAGAAAGCUGCAAAAAUGGACUAUGGUGUUCUAAGAAGCGAAGUGUUCAAGAUUUAUCAAGGGGUCAAGAAAGUUAGUGAGGUUCUUCUGCUACUGAAUGGUGAGAAUGGACAUGAUGGAGAAAAAGAGUGGUGGACAUUCAGAGAGUCGAUGACACGGUUCUUGGAAACCGCUGUAGAGGAGAUUAAAAAGAUUGAAACAAUAGAAGGUUAUGUGCUCCCAACAGUGAAAGAGAUCACAGAGUAUUUCCAUGGAGACUCAGCAAAGGAGGAAGCUCAGGUGUUGAGAGUAUUCGUGAUUGUAAGAGACUUUCUCUCCAUUCUAGAUGAAGUAUGCAAGGAGAUGUGUGCGAUGUAAAGAAGAGAGUACUCUGGUUUAGUUAUGUGUUCUGUUGAAUUUGUGUUGCCUAUUAGGGAUGUACUUAUAUGUAUGUAUGAAUCAUCGGAAGCUAUGUUCGUAUUUAGACGGAUGCAACUUUUACAAACCAGAGUGGCUUGAAGACAUUUUAUAAUCCAAUCAUAUAUUUGUUUUAAUCGCUUGUAAUCAAUUCAAAAGUUCUCAUCUA